GAGCUACUGCAGCGGAGGCGUCUCCUUUCACUUCCCGAACCGAUGGCCCGUGUGUGGAGCUAAGCCCAGCCCACCCCAUUGCAAUGAUUUAGAAGUUCAGGAAUCCCACGUGACGUCACAGGGGAUGAUGUAAUGCAUCUGUAAAUAGAAUGUAUUGUAAUCUCGCAGCAGUCCAACGUGGUUCCUCGCGCCGCUUGUCCCUCUUCACUUGAAGUGGCAAGUUUGCGCGUCCCGAAGGAGCGUCUUUUCGCCGGUCGGGUGGUCUAUUUGGGAGAGUGUGACAGCACAGCGCCGUAGCGCUAUUAUUUUUGUUUUACGGAACUUUCUCUGGGAAAUACAAAUACUGUACAGUGGAUCGUCACUCGAAGAGGACUUGAUGCUCAGAAGAACCGGACAGCUUUUUUGCUUUGAAUGAACUCCAAAUGUGAUGUUGACAUCCGGCGACAACAGGAAGCCUGCAUAUGACAUGAAUGACAAACAGGACAGGCCUUACGUGUGCGAGGCACCUGGCUGCUCUCAGGUCGGUUUCUGGCAUUUGAGCAAGGCGCUUCCAGUUUGAGGAGCAUCUAAUCAUUCACAGACACAAACAUGAGAUGACCCUCAGGUUCUCCUCCACCAAGACGGAUACGACUUUUACCGACCAGACACCGACCCCGACUCGUUUUCUGCAAAACUGUGAAGAAGUUGGUCUAUUCAAGGAGAUAGAGGAGGAGUUUCUGCAGGAGCAAGAGGAAGAGGAGAGCAAACAGACGGUUUCCCAUAAUGGGCCUUCUUGUAUGAAUCAGCUCAAAGCCCAGCUCCAGCACCCACAGCAGCAGCAGCAGCAGCAGCAGCCACUGCACCAUCCCCACGCCCAUUCGCUGCAACGCGCCCAGGCCCACGUCCCAAUGAUUGGCCCCAGUUGCAGCCUGGCAACCCAGCAGGCCGUAUCCUCCUCCAUGUCUGGAUCGGGCAACAGCAGCCAGGCUCCAUCCACACUUACACAUUCAGGGCCUGUUCCCGGACCCGCCUCCUCCCUCUUCCACAUACGCAACAGACACCGUCAACCGCUGCCAGCCUCGCUGCCUGGCACCCUGCCCGACCCCGCCAUGCAAGGGGCAUCUGCUCAGCACAUGUCCAUGGAGAAGCAGAUGUCUUGUAUAAUGGCUAUACCAGGCCCCAUAAACAACCCGUCCUGUUCUUCGCCUCAGAGGUCCAAGCAGAUGAUGGGCCAUCACUACCAGCACCCGGUAACGGCCCCCGUAAACAAUCCCACGAGUGCAAUGAUGGAGAUAAUGUCACAGCGCCACCAAGCUCCUCCACUCCAUCACCCCCAUCAUCAUCCUCAGCUCACCGCCCCACCCCUCAGCUACCACCAGCGAUGCCAUCCCACCCACCCGCAACACCUUGGAAGCCACUCUCACCCUUCAAGGAACACACCAGCACACCAAUCACCCCCCACCCACCUCCCGCAAGGGUCACCUCCCGCACCCACAUUGUCUGUACCUGCACAGGUAUGCCGCCUCUUCAUCACCAGCCGGCUUCUUGAAUUCCAUUUUUGGCAUUUCAACGUCUGCGCCUGCCCACAGGUAUCGCCGCUUCCGCAGCAAAUGCACCCCUGUCAAUCGCCGCAUGCACUGCAGGGGGGCGGGACCUGCAGCCGUCGGAGGAGGACGGCCGAGCAGGACCCCGACGAGCGCAGGCAAAAGUUCCUGGAACGCAAUCGAGCGGCCGCCACCCGCUGCAGACAGAAGAGAAAAUUGUGGGUGUCGUCGCUGGAGAAGAAAGCCGAGGAGCUGACUCACACCAACCUUCAGCUGCAGAAUGAGGUGACGUCAUUGAGGUCGGAGGUCGGUCAGCUGAAGCAGAUUCUGCUCACCCACAAGGACUGUCCUGUCACAGCCCGACAGAGAGAAGCACAGGGCUACAAUACUGCAGGGGUGAGCCCGGGAGGAAGUCCCACCCCUGUAGAUUCUGCGUGUCAUCGGCAGGCCGUCCAACACAACAGCAUCACCACGUCCUCGGUGAGAGGCGUCACGCAGCACGAGCCCGCGCCCGGACGCUAAAAGAUCGGACUAGACAACUUUUUCAGUGUUAACAUGGUUCAUUCGUUCGCUUUGUCCAUUUCAAACGGUGCAUAAAAUGCCUUCUGUAAAGCUUGGACAAAAUGGUUGCAGCAUUGAGGGACCCACGUUUCAUUUGGCCUUGCUCCUGUCUCUUGCACUAAUGUUCAACUAUAAAUGCUAUAAGCUCCUAUUUUUAACAAAACAUAUGCAAACGUGCACCUUUUGCCUUCUCCUCAAAGCAGGGGCAACUUCUAAAAAAUGACAACUAUAUAUUUUUCUAAGAACACCAUUUUAGUGCCAUUGCAUCAUCAUUUCAAAAGCAAUGUGUUUUUGUUGGAAGCCAUUUCGUGAUGCAAGAUUUCCUUCCAGGCACUUUGGAAAUAACUUUCUCUCUCUAGCUGCGCGCCUCCUGAUUGAAUUCCUGUUUGCAUAAUUUAAUUUGCACUUGUUUCUUUUUUUUGUACUGUAAAGAUGGUGACUGUACAUCUAUAAUAUUAAUAAUAAAAAAAUCGUAUUCUG